AUGAAGCUCAUAGGGGUGGGAGCGUGCUACAUGGACACUGUGUUGAGAGUACCUUACUACCCUUCCGAAGAUGAGAAACUCAGGGCCACACACAUCGCCCAUCGCCGUGGAGGAAAUGUCCCGAACACUCUGGAGGUCCUGCAGCAGCUGGUCCAUCAGGAUGAGGACCAUGGGCAUGCACUGGCGCAGCUCAUCCUAUGUUCUGUCAUGCCGUCGGCCUCCUCUGUCGGUUCUGGUAAGAUCAAGGCAUCGCUUGGCCCAAACAUCGACAUGUCGUGCUGUCUGUACCGAGAACAAUGCGUAGAACCGGCGUCGAGUUAUGUCAUCAGAAGCAGUUCUACCGAUAGCAGGACCAUUGUGAACUACAACGACUUGCCCGAGAUGACCUCUGUCGAGUUCGCUGCAGUGGCGGACUCCUUUGGGCGUGAAGCCAGCUGGUACCAUUUCGAAGGACGAAUGCCGGAUGUCACGCUGCAGUGUAUGCAGUAUCUUCGCCGAGCGUAUCCGACUGUCAGUAUCAGCGUCGAGGUCGAGAAGCCUGGCCGCCCCGGUCUGCAAGAGCUGGCUGCCGAGGCUGAUGUCGUCUUCUACUCGAAGAGCUGGGCGCUUGAUCGUGGUUCUCGGGACCCUGCUACAUUCCUGCUCGAACAGGCUGGUAAAGCUCAGAAAGCUUCUCUCUUGUUUUGCACGUGGGGUGACCAAGGCUCGACUGCUUUUGACGUCAAAAAGCAGGAGAUUCACCGCCAGCAAGCGCUGCCCGUAACAGCCGUCGUUGACACCAUUGGAGCAGGUGAUACUUUCAUUGCGGGUGUCCUGUAUGGGUUGCUUUGGCACUGCGACGAUUGGGACGUGGCUCGGAAGCUCGAAUUUGCAAAUGAACUUGCAGGACGCAAGGUUUGCCAGGAAGGCUUCCAGGGCCUGGGCGAUCUGAUACGUCUCCCUGGUCCCUUACAACCAUAG